AUGGCACCGGUCGGCAGCGCGGCCUUGACGGCUCUGACCAAGUGGAAAGCCUCUCUUACUCCUCUCAGAGUCGACAUCGUCGGAGAUUUUGCAGGGAAGGAACUCUUUGCCAUUCAUGGCGAGGCGUUGCUCUGCCAUUGCGUCACUCGAGCGAAGGUCGACUUUACAGAUGGAUUUCAGCUCCUUCACGCCGUUCACGCCGUUGAGACCUUCCUCUCCAAGCUGAGGGAGCGUGGAUGCAACUUCCACGUUCUUUGGUUCGACAGCCAAGAGGAGCUCGCUGUUCCGCGAUGCAUCCCCGAGAAAUACCGGCACAAAUACCUCUUGACGCGAGCCGUCCUCAUCGAGCACCUCCGAUCUCCCGAGACUGACCACGAGACCACGCCCGAUGGAUCUACAGAGCACCACAAUGGGAAGGACCCGAUGAGCUUUGUCUUCUCUGCGAUCGGCAAUGAUGAGUUCGCCGACUACAUGGAAGAGAACUCUCUUCAUUUCGUCAUGUGUUCGCAGGGAAGAGAUGCGGAGGAUGCAAACGGCAGCAUCGACCAUCUCCUCGUCAUGUACUUGUUCGCGAAGAUGGGAUACAGCCUCUCUUUCAUCGACGGUCUUGACUUCAGGAGCUCAAAGGUCUACACUCAAGUUGUCACCCCGUCCAAUGCCUUCACCUCGAUUCAGGUAUCUGAGUCCGCAACUCGACACACGCAAGACCUAGGAUGCGGCCAGAUCCCAUCAGCGCUAGGCCGGCAAACUGUCCCAUUUUCCGAUCACGACUUCGGCACAGAGAUUGAUGCCCGAGAAAGGAUUGCCCUCGUUUUCUGUGCCUCGAUACUCAAAACCAAGCCCGGUACCGAUACCGAGAGACGCGUCGCUGCUUUCCUCGUCCACAUUGCGCUCUUAAAACUUGGAGAACUUGCCCAGCGGUCCUGCAGGAAGCCUGAGGCAGAGGUCAGCAAUGAAGAUCACAGUUUUCUCGAAGACUUCUCGUUCGUUGCUAUCACUUUGAUUCGACGUCAUGUCGGAAGCAAAGCUGGUGCGAGUAUCGACUGGCACGUCUACGAUUUGGUCGACGGUCGAAUCUUCUUUCAUAUCUUGCAGAACAUCGAUUCCCUGAAGCUUGUCUUUGAUGUUCGGUCUUACGGCAAGAUCAUCGAGGGCCUCGUUGGGAUCAAUGUUCUUUGUCAUUUACCUCAUGAUGGCCACCCCGUGCAGCUCUACCAGCCCGUUCGACGGGUGAUCACGACCUCACUGCAGAACCACGCAAAUGCCCCUGUUCUUCCAUUCAGCCAUCCGGUCUUGGACCCGUACCUGGAGGAUAUCAAGUUGGACACCGAUCGGAAGUGGCAGAAUUCCGCCACUGGUUCCAAGAUCUUCCAAGAGUUGACUCACUGGCACAACGCCAAGAAGACAGUUGAUCCGAAGCAUGCCAUCAAGCCGAUGGACCCGAAGGCCCUCAGGAGAAACCAGAGAUUCAUGGCAGACACGAUUGCAUACUCCGCCAGCCUGACAAACGCUGCUGGCAAGAACAUUGAACCUGAGAUCAUCAUCGCCCAGGAACCUCAAAAGAACGGCCGCGACAAGAUGAAGUCCAACGCUGCGAAGCCGCAGACAUGGAAAGCGGAUCUCGCCCGAAGAGAUGCCGCGAAGGUGCCCAAGCACAACACCAAGAGCGGAAAGGCAAAAGCUCUAGCGGCAGCGAAGAACAUCCAGGUUGCGAAAGCCGAGUCCAAGAGCCAGGCCGUCGUUGCUUUCUUUGCGCAGCAAUGUCAGGACUUCGACAAGGUAAAACCGUUGGUUCAGAGAUACUUGAAGGCUAACAAGUAUCUGCUCACUCUUUCGAGUACCGACAGAGAGGUUAUCGGAGGAGAGGCAUUGUUGUACAUCUGCAAAACACUGGCCAAUGUCAUCGGCAAGCCGCCAUUUGGUGCUCUUGAACUGAAUACUGUGGCUUUGCUUCGGGCUCAUGUACUUGAAAUGUACAAACUGCCUCUCACCGUCGAGACAAGAAAGCAGCUCAAGCAUCUAACAUCUGUUCUUGAGCUCCCACCACCCGCGGAUGAUGCUUCAAGAUUGAUCGAACGCCCGCUGCCUUUCAUACCCGCGAUCCAGAGUGCUGUAAAGCAUCUAGAGCUACCCGAGUACGACACAGCUGGCGAGUUCCAGCUGGAGCACUGUGGUCCUUAUUUGGAGCGCAGCUUUGACUCAGCUCCCGAUCCGCGAGUGCCUUUCCAGCCCGAUGCAUGGCAGCGCAAAGUUCUCGACGCCAUCGACAGGAACAAGAGUCUUUUCGUGGUCGCACCGACAUCUGCGGGAAAAACCUUCAUUUCUUUCUACGCCAUGAAGAAAGUUUUACAGGCGAACAAUGACGACGUUCUAGUGUACGUUGCUCCGACAAAGGCACUUGUCAACCAGAUUGCGGCCGAAGUCCAGGCGAGAUUUUCGAAAACGUACCCAAACGGCGGUCGAUCAGUCUGGGCCAUUCAUACCCGCGAUUACCGCAUUAAUAACUCAUCAGGAUGCCAAGUUUUGGUCACUGUCCCGCAUAUCCUCCAGAUCAUGCUCCUGGCACCCUCAAAUGCGAAGACCCCGAGCUCCUGGUCACGCAGAGUCAAGCGAAUCAUCUUCGAUGAGGUUCACUGCAUUGGCCAGGCGGAGGAUGGCAUGAUUUGGGAGCAACUGCUUCUAUUGGCACCCUGCCCCAUUAUCGCUCUGUCUGCAACCGUCGGCAACCCCCUUGCGUUCAAAGAAUGGUUGGCCGGCACGCAAAAGGCGAAGGGAUUCGAUCUCGAAAUGGUGGUCCACGGUGCAAGAUAUUCUGAUCUUCGGAAGUUCGUCUACCAACCCCCCAAAGAUCGGAAGUUCAAUGGCUUGGACCCCGUUGUGCGUCUUCCUCUUCCUGGCCUGGAUGCCGAGAACAGUGACGACAGUCAGUUUGUGUUCAUCCACCCCGUCGGCAGUAUUGUCAAUAAGAGAAGCAAGGAAACGUUAAAAGAUGUCAGCCUGGAGCCGCGGGACUGUCUGAACCUCUGGCAAACCAUGUCCGAGUACGCCAAUGACUCUUUUCCCGUCGACCACUCUAUCAAUCCCAAAAACGCCUUGAAGGAAGUUAUCAAAAAGUCGGACGUUCUGGAAUGGGAAGUUGCGCUCAAGAACCAGCUGUACCAGUGGAUGGCUGACCCCAACUCGCCAUUUGCUGACCUGCACAACCACCUCGCGACAACUUCGAAACCCAGCACAGGGAUUGACAACACCGUGAAAGCGACCUUCCCCUUGCUGGUGGAUCUUCGAUCUCGGGGUGCACUUCCUGCCAUCAUAUUCAACUACGAUCGGAUAGGAUGCGAAACGAUACUGUUCGAAAUCUUGGAAAAUCUUGAGACUGCCGAGGAGAAUUACCGGCAGACAGACUCCGAGUGGAACAAGAAGCUGCAAAGCUUCCGAAAAUGGCGGGAAGGACAGAAAUCGCGGAAGCAAGCCAAGUCUUCUCGAGUCUCCAAUGGACGAGAGGACGACGACGACGGCACCACGUUCAGCAAGAUGGACCAACUGGUGGACGACGCCAGUCAAGAGGCCAGCCCAUGGGCAAGCUUCAACCCGGAAGCGCCGAUCGAGCGAUUCAGUUUCGCAGACUCGACCAAAAUCUCGACCGAAGAGUUGGAGAAGUUGAUAUCUUCUCUUGCGUAUGCCAACAUCAAGAAGCCUAUCAUUGAGGCGCUGCGGAGAGGACUGGGUGUUCACCAUGCAGGAAUGAAUCGGAAGUACCGCCAAGUGGUGGAGAUGCUGUUCCGAAAGGGCUUCUUGACUGCGGUGAUUGCAACGGGCACAUUAGCUCUGGGUUUGAACAUGCCUUGCAAGACGGUCGUCUUCACAGGAGACUCGGUCUUCUUGACCGCUCUCAACUACCGUCAAGCCUCCGGUCGCGCUGGUCGAAGAGGUUUCGAUCUUCUCGGCAAUGUCGUGUUUCACGGAAUCCCCCAUCAUCGCGUCAUGGAGAUCAUGUCAUCUCGCCUGCCUGACCUUCGAGGCCAGUUUCCGAUGUCCGUCACUCUUAUUCUUCGUCUGUUUGGACUUCUUCACGGCACAGAUGGUUCAGACUACGCCAUCAACGCGAUUCAGUCCUUGCUGACGCAAACACGUCUUUAUCUCGGAGGACCAUCCUCGCAGAUGUCAAUCAAGCAUCACCUCCGAUUUUCGAUCGAGUACCUUCGGAGACAGCAUCUUCUAUCUUCUGGAGGAGCCCCCCUGAACUUUUCUGGACUUGUUGGACAUCUGUACUUCACCGAGAACGCAGCUUUUGCUUUCCACUCCCUGAUGAAGGAAGGAUACCUGCACGAGCUCUGUGAAGACGUCGACAACAUGGACAAGCAGAAAUACAUGCUUGUUGAGCUACUGAAGGUCUUAUGCCACCUUUUCUGUCGUAUUCCAUGCCCGAGAUACGACGACCAGGCGUGGCUGAAAGAGGUUGUUUAUCGAUCGCCGUCUGUGGUUCUCCUCCCUAGCCUUCCAGAAAAGGCCGCAGCCACCCUCAGAGAUCACAACCGGGAGACCCUUGGAAUUUUCCAAACUUACGUACGCAGCUUUGUCGAACAGCACCUGAGCCAUACGCCUGAUGACGUGUUGCCUUUCACCAACCGCAAAGUUGGGCCGAGCCGAAACCAGAGCAUCGAUAUUUCCGCCACCAACGUCCAGACUCUCCCUCCCACGACGCUCCGGUCCCCAUUUGCCGCCUUGUCUGGUUUCACAGACGACUUCUCCACCAUCCAUGAGCUGUGCGAGACAGUCCGUGCCGGCGUAUUUCUCGAAGAAGAAUCCAUCCCUUACAUUCCUAUCUAUCCUGACGAGACUGGCGGGGUGCCUUUCAACGCGUACAUCUUGGAUUUCUUCAAGCAUGGCGACAUGGAAGCUCUAGUUCGUGACAACGGAAUCAAACGCGGAGACGUUUGGUUCCACCUCAAGGACUUCUCGCUGAUCCUUGCGACGAUUGUUACAAGCCUGGCAAACUUCCUUGACAAGACCGGCGCCGAGUUCGAUGAUGCCGCCAUGGUUGACCUACAGGAUGUCGGCGAUAUUCUCGAGGAGGAGGCUGUUCCUGACCAAGAUGAUGACGCGCAUGGGUCGGCGACCGUUGAGACUGCUGCGAAAGAUCCUAAGAUUCAGCCAAAGGUGACCAAGGCGCCGAGCAAGAAGGUCCAAGACUCUUGGGAUGAUAACGAUGAUUCUGACGAGGGGAGCGAGAUAGGCAUCAAUACGAAUGACGGCGUAGGUGGCACUUCGACAAGCUGGGACGAGGAUGAAGGAGCUGGGCUGAUGAAGGUUUACAAAGUCUUUAAGCUUCUGCAGCAGGAGUUUGACGAGAAGUUCAGGAAGGUCUGGGCUUGA